AUGGCUCGAGAGGCACACAGCGUCUCCGCUUUCCGCCCCCGCAGCCAGCGUUUGCCCCCCAGGGCCCCACCUAGAGCAAUGAAGAUGCCGCUCGCGGCCCUCGCGCUCGCGCUCGCGGUCGCCCCCAUCGCCCUCGCCGCCGGGAGCGAGGUGACGCCUGUGCAGAAGGUCAUCACGCUCAUGGAGAACAUGCUCGCCAAGGGCAAGGCUGAGAAGCACGACGAGGAGGUGCAGUACGCCGCCUACAAGCAGUUCUGCGGCGACACCACCGUCGAGAAGGACAAAGCCAUCAGGGAAGCGGACGAGAAGAUCGAGGUGCUCAAGGCGGACAUCGAGAAGUACGAAGCUACCGCAGCCAAGAUGACCAAGGAAAUCGCCGACCAUGAGGCCGACGUCGCCGGGUGGGCCGGCGACAUGGAGGCAGCCACUGGUGUGCGGAAGGCGGAGAAGGCCGCGUACACCGACGAGCACAAGGUCAUCGAAUCCGACUUCGCCCGCCUGGAGGCCGACACCAAGGCGGCCGAGGCCGCCGCGCAGAAGGAAUACGACACGUUCAUGACGGACUCGAAGGUCGACAAGGAGGGCAAGGAAACGGACGUGGAGCACAAGACGGCCAAGAAGGGGGCCGAGGAGCAGGCCCUCGCCAGCACGCAGUCCGACCUGGAGGGCACCCAGAAGGAGCUGGACGCCGCGCUGGCGUACUUCGACAAGCUCAAGCCCUCCUGCGUCUCGGAGGGCGUCGACUACGACGAGCGCGUGCAGCGCCGCCAGGAGGAGAUCGAAUCGCUCCAGGAGGCACUCAGGAUCCUCAACGGCAAGGAGAUCGUGUGAGCCGCUCCCCUCCCGAGGGCCCGCGGCGGCGCCGCUGGCUGGCGCGUCGCGGGGGGCGCGGCGCGUGCCUCGAGGAGCUCGGCCGACGCCGCCGUCGUCGUUCAGCGGGCGAGUCGAAGCGGAGGAG